ACAUUCGUCCAGAAUGAAACGCCUACAAGUUAGCUAGCUAGAUAACGUUUAGCCUACUUCCAAAACAGAGCGAAUGAGAAGAAACUCUAACGAAAAAUAUUACGGUAUCAAUUAUAGCUUCGCAUUAACGACUAAUUUCUAGGCUAAUGCUUUAAAAUGAAACGUCCUACUUCGUAACAACAUCCGUAGCCAGACAGAUAACUUGCAGACUUUCGUCGGUUUGCUAACUGGUUAGCAAUCUGGCCAUUAUUCCUUCUCUUCUGAUCAUCGGUGCCUUAAGUCACUGAGAGCUGAAUGUUUCCUGUUCAGUAAUGUUCCAGCAAAAGAUAAACAAAACUCAUCCACGAAUUAACCAGCAGUGUUUAUUUUGUCGGAACAGAUCGAAACAUGUAUCCCAACGUAUGGAACAUUAAAGAGAUUUUAAGUAUAUCGAAUGGAGGGAGUAAAUCCUCUGGCCGAAGUAGUGCCACCAGCGAUUACUCCAGCCUGACAGACUCCCAGUUUCUGUUUGGGUCCCAGUUCUGGUCAGAUCAAAUGGGCCUUUCCCAGGAAAUGAGUCUACAGUCCAAGAACUCUCAGCAAAACUCACAGGAGGUAAAUGAGCCCAAAGUUUCAACAAACUACCACACCAAGCCUUACCUGUUCGGUGGAGAUUCAAAGGACAAAAGCAAGAUGCCGAAUUUUACAUGCAGCAAAACCAAAGGAAUCCUGGGGCAGUUUGAGGAGGAGAAAAAAAAAGCAAAAGAGAAGACUGAAAGUGAGAUGCUCAUGAGUGAAUUGUCACAGCUUAAGGAAUGCAUGGAAAAUAUGAAGAAUUCCUUAAGCAGCAUGGAUGGAAACACAGGUUCUACUAAAAGAGUUGUAGUGGAAGCCUUGAAUGGUUUCACAAUAACAUUUCAGGGUGCUGUGGGCAGCAUGCAAGAAGGCUUCGCAGUGCAGUUGGGGGCAGUGCUGGACAAGCUCAACUGCCAGUCAGAGGCCCUACGAGACAUGGAGAACAGGGAGUCCAAGGUAGUUUCAGAGGUGGCCACUCUGGCUACAUGCAUGCACAGCCUGCAGCAGGAGUUGAAGAGCUUGAGGACUGAGCAGGCCAGGAAGCAGUGCAUGAUGGGAGAGAUGCUCUCCUGGCUGCAGGCUCUGACCUCCACUCAGCCGCCAUCGGCCCCCGUGGCAGACAGUGGUGUGCAGACAUCGCCCUGCCCCUGGGAAAGACUCUGUCUGGUUAGCGAGAAGACGCAGUACAUCCAGAGCCUGCAGCUGAGCACCGGGCCAGCACCACAGCCUCCAGGAGUGACUGGAUACCUUGGGCCACUGCGGCCCAUUGACCAGGAACCCUGCCGAACCAGCGAGCCAAACCUGCGGGUUGCUGCCCACACAGAGCCGGAGCGAGCUGAGGCUCUGGCAGACAGAACGUGUGAGAUGCAUGAGCAGAAACCAUACCGUACCCACCCUGCCACGGCUCACAUGCCGGGAAUACAAAAAGGUGCAGCCGACACAGGGCCGCAGGAAACUGCAGCUGCCUGCAGCCAGCCCGGAGCCACGCAGGAGAACCUCGGGCCCCUGUCUCGAGAUGACGGAGGCAUUCACCGAACUGGCGGAGUCCCUAAGCUAGCUGGCAGGCAGAAGAGAACUGCCCAGAGAGGGCAGAGAACAUGGAUGCCCAAGAGGAGGAAGAAGGUCCAGCCGCUGCGUGGGGGGCAGGGCAGUGGCAACAGGGGCAAAGCGAUAAUGCCUGCCCCCACUUCCUGCCAGAGUCCAGCCUAUCACACGUCCGAGAACGCAGGGGCAUGCUUCAAUCCCUGUGCAGGUUGGUCCCAGAACAGCAACAGCAUACAAUUUGUCUCCGGGUGUGAGGCGACCACAGCAUCAUGGGUAAUACCACUCCCUACAGCCAAGACUGAGAUCACACAGAAGGGGUUUUGGCAGCUGUUUGAUUUCUGUGAUGAUUCUGACUAGACACACCAUCUGUAAGCAUGCUGAGGUGUUUCUAAAAAAAGCCAUAAUUUGAAUAGGACUUGUUCGUACCUAGUGUAGGUCAGGGGUGUCAAAAGCAUCUGCAGCUUUUUCCUUUUAGUCAGCAAUCAGUUCAGGCAUUGGAGGAAGUUGCUUGGACUCUUUAGCUAAUCAGUGUCUUAAGUGAAUCCCUUAAGAGCUGAAACACAGCAAAAACCAGCAAAUGCUGUGGCCAACCAAGACUGGAGUCUUACAGCCCUGCUGUAGCUUUUGUUAAAGCUCCUAAUAGAUGUUGGGUACUGUUAUUACAGCAAUGUACUGUCAUAUACAAGUCUUUCAUUGCUUGCUCUAUAAUGAUUAAUUCCAGGGAUUGUAUGUUUAAAAAAAAAAAAAAAAAAAAAAAAAACUUACUUAUAUAAUAUUAAACUGUAAAAUGUAUGGAACCUUAACACAUUACUUAUACAUCAGAACAAAGGUUUUACAGACUGACCAAAAUCUGUUUUAGGCAUCGGUCAGUCUGCCACACUGAUGCAGUGCUACUGCUGGUACUCAAGAUCAGCACAAGCUUGUUCAACCGUUUUUAGCCACAGAAAUGCACCAUUGCCAUUGUCUCCUUGAAGACUUCGGCCAAACCACUUUAACCGAUAAAACUACUUUUUGAUCUAUUAAUGCUACGUAAUUUCUUUCCUCUUCUUAACGACAAUGCAAAUUUCUGAGCGCAUUACUGUAGGAAGUCUCAAAAUUCCUAGUCUACUACCCUCAUGCAGUUCAGUUGGAAUUCAAGACAGUUUUUUCCAGGGAAUUUUCCCCAAAAACUCGUGUUUUUGCUUUUGUUUGCAAUAGUGUCCCGUUAAUUUAUACCUUUGUGGCAUGUUCCUUGAUUUCAUGAUCAAUAAAACUAACCACAUAUUUCUCAUCUUUCUUUA